UAAACAGGAGGGGACUGACUUGUAUUUCUUCUCUUUGACAAAACCAACAAAGAAACAGCCAUCAGUGAACAACGAAGUGAUUUUGAAGAGACUUGUUUCUUGACAAACAGCAGAUCUUUGUGAUUCCCGUGGUUUUUCAUUUUUGCAAGUCAUUCAGAAGGUGAAAGUAAAGUUAAGGUUGCUGGAGCUCAAACAGUGAAAAUGGCUUCAUCAGCCGAAUAUGACUAUAAUUGUCCCGUGUGCUUUGAAAUCUUCAAGACUCCUGUUCUUUUAUCAUGUAGUCACAGUGUCUGUAAGGAGUGUCUUCAACAGUUCUGGAGAACCAAGAAAACUCAGGAGUGUCCUGUCUGCAGGAGAAGAUCCUCAGAUGAUCUUCCUUCAGUAAAUCUGGCGUUACAAAACUUGUGUGAGUCGUUCCUGAAGGAGAGAAAUGAGAGACGUUCAUCAGAUUCUGAGGAGAUCUGCAGUUUACACGGUGAGAAACUCAAACUCUUCUGUCUGGAGGACAAACAGCCUGCGUGCGUCGUGUGCAGAGAUUCACAGAAAGACGACAAUCACAAAUUCAGACCAAUCAGUGAAGUGGUUACAUCAUAUAAGGAGGAGCUCAAUACAGCACUGAAGUCCUUGGAGGAGAAACUUAAAAAGACAGAAAACACAGAAGAAGUGUUUGAGAAAACACUUCAACACAUCAAGUCUCAAGCUGAGCACACGGAGCGUCAGAUUAAACAGCAGUUUGAGAAGCUUCAUCAGUUUCUCAGAGAUGAAGAAGAAGCUACAAUCACUGCACUGAGGGAGGAAGAGGAGCAGAAGAAGCAGAUGAUGAAGGAGAAGCUGGAGGAGAUGAACAGACACAUCUCAGCUCUUUCACACACAAUCAAAGACACGGAGGAGAUGAUGAAAGCCAAUGACGUCUGCUUUAUGAAGGAGUUUCCAAUCACGAUGGAAAGAGUCCAGAUCUCAUCACAGCCGGAUCCACAGAUGCCUUCUGGAGCUUUGAUUCAUGUGCCACGAUACUUGGGCAACCUGCCCUUCAGAGUCUGGAAGAAGAUGCAGGACAUCGUCCAAAACACUCCUGUGAUUCUGGAUCCAAACACGGCUCAUCCAGAUCUCGCUGUGUCUGAUGAUCUGACCACUGUGAGCUGGAGCAAGACCAAUCACCUGCUUCCUGAGAAUCCAGAGAGAUUCGACGGGUUUCUCUGUGUUCUGGGUUCAGAGGGCUUUAACUCAGGAACACACUGCUGGGAUGUGGAGGUUAAAGAGAGUCGAUGGUGGAUUGCUGGAGUGACUACACUAUCAAACCAGAGGAAGGAAUAUGAUUUCUUUAACACUGAUGUCUGGAGUGUGAGGCAGGGAAUGAUUGAGCCCUUUGGUUUUCUUGUUAAACAGGAUGUUGAGCGUGUGAGAGUUGAUCUGGACUAUGACAGAGGAACGGUGUCUUUCUCUGAUCCUGUAACUAACACACAUCUACACACAUUCACAACCACCUUCACUGACACACUCUUUCCUUUCUUCAGUAGUGACUCUCUGAGGAUCUUACCAUUCAAUCAGUAAACGUUACACCUGUAGUUCUGGAUCAACCUGCUUUAAUUUUUUACACAUAUUUCCAAUAUUUAAUCCAUAUCAUCAUUUCUCAAUAUUUGUUCAUCAUGAGACUAAACGAAUAUUUCAGUUAUAGAGGUUAAAUGGUCAUUUAUUCAUUGAUGUAUAUGGAUGUAAAAGUCCUUUUUAAUCCACAUCAGUUUGAAAUGAAAAAUAAAUAUUAUAGAAAUACUUGAUUAAAGCUGUUUACAAAUCUGAUUCUCAGAACAAAUGCUCAGUGUCUCUGGGACUCAGUAAAAACUAUUUUUUUAUAAUUCCUUGAACCCUUUUUUUUUACAUUAAAUAUGUAAUUAUAUGAUUUCAGUAAUGAAAGGUUAAAUGUUUGGUCAUGAUAAUUAGGGUUUAGGUCAUAUAUAUUUAUUGGUCUAAAAGUGAGGGAACCCUGGGUUUUGUUUAUGUUUCCCAAUAAAUGAAUAAAUGAUUGUAAUUGACUCGCUUGUUUAAAUCAGUCUCAGCUUCUGUCAGCAGUGGAAGCGUCAGUGCAGCUUUAU